GCGCGUUCGGCGCUCCCUUCGCCAGUUGUGCCAAUAGUCGGGCGUCAGGUUAGGUUAUGCAUUUAAAGCACCGGGAAUAAAUAGUAACCUGUAAACCCAUGUUUUGAAAAGUCUUAUAAAUAUUAUCACGACGUCAUAUAAGCAUAAUUCCCUGUGGGAAGUUGAGCACGUCGGACUUUGAGAAAUCAAAGUCACAAUUAAAAAAAAAAAAAAAAAAAAAAUUAUAAAUAUUAUAAGGACUCGUUACAAAUUCAGAAAAAGAUAAUAUAACGAUAAUAAACAGUUACAAGUUUGAGUUGUUUUGUUCUCUAGAAUUUUAAGGCAGGAUUUAAGGCACCAAUGCAGUCAUCAUCCAGCGAUAUAUAACCGAAAAAGUCUGCAAAAUAUGGUGACUCUAUGUAGAAAGAUAAAAGAGAGAUAUACUUAUUGAUUCAUGAUUCUAUAUUAUAUACGUAACAUUUUUAGAUUUAAAAAAUGGAAAAUAUUACUAUUAAUUGCUAUCAGCAUCUUUACUUUAAAAAUAAAUGUUAUUUUACAAAAUUUAUAUCCUUCAAUAACGCAGCUAACAGAACUGCAAAAGUGUCCAGCAUGUUACGGGGUUUCGGCGUGUCAUAACAUUCAUAAAAUAGAUCUUCUGUGGAAUGAUGUUAAUGCGAUAAUCUCCCACUUGUUCGGCGUUAAAAAUGUAUUCUUCGGAACAUAUAAUCAAAGCAAAGUGGUGCUAAAGAAAUUGGCACACUCUUCUGAAUUGAAAGCUCUUGAUAUUACAUUAUGCAGCAAACUCCAUUUGGGAUAUCCUUGCUCGAAUGUUCCGUUAGACAGAUACACAGCAGAUUUUUAUAAUCUUAUUAGAAAGACAAUUACUUCUGAUUUUUCCCAAGAUGAUACGAGUCGCUUGAGGCUUUGUCCAACAAUAGAGCAUUUAGAUGAUCUAUUUUACAAUGUUCAUCUUAAUAAUGAACACAUUAAUCCCAAGCAAUAUUUAAUUAAUCUUUGGACAUUAGUUUCCAUAAAUCCAGAGCCACUAAUUCUUCAGAUAUUAUCUGCUGAAGAUGGAUGGCCUGUACCAAAAUAUUUCGGAGCUUGUGGCCGAAUUAUUAUUGAAGAAUAUAUUGGAUUGCCACUUUCCGAUUGUUACGAUAAACCUUGGAUUCAAAGAGUGAAAAUUGCUUCAAGCCUUUUAAAUGCUGCUUAUAUGUUUACUUUUAAAAACAAAAAGUUUAGUUUUUAUUUAACAGAUGUAUCGGCCGAUAAUAUUGCGGUUGACCAUGAAAAUGUAGCAAAAUUUAUCGAUUUGGAGAAUAUUAUUAUUGUUGAUAAAAUUAUUUCUCAACAGGAUGAAUCAAAAGAGUGGCAGAAAAUACAUAAAAACAUAAUGCAUUUUAAUUGUCCCAAUUGUUUUGCAUUUUCUCCGAAGGAUAUUUGUAAUCAUCAUCUAAGUGAUCACAAUUAUUAUGCAAUUUGUCGGCUUCUAUUAAGUUCAGGAAAUGAAGAUCCAUUUCCUGGUGGAUUUCUUCAUGAUGUACCUGUUAAUAUUCAACAGCAAUACCCAGAUAUUGAGCAUUUGUUGCAACAAUGCGCCGUUCCUGAUUCUACUAAUUCCAGAAUAUUAUUUGGUCAGCGAUUCAAGGCAUUAUUGGAUAUGAUUUUAAAAGAAUUACUUUCACACAAAAAUAUAACAUAACAUACAAUAGUAUCUUGAAAAAUCUUUUAACACUAUAUGAUUAUUAUGAUAAAUAUUUAAGAUAUACCUUUAUCUAUGCUAUUUUUAUAAUUUAAAAAAAAAUAUUUUAUAUUUUUGAUAAUUGUUUUUCAAAUGUAUAUUUUUUAUAUUAAUCUAUAAUUAAAUGUUUGUUCGCACAUAAGCAAUUCGUCAAUAAUAUUAAUAAAAUUGUAUAUAAU